AUGUCCACCCGCGCCGGACGAGUCCGUCGGCCACCUCACUCCGACCAAUCGGAGCCCGCCACGUCAUUGCGCUCCGCCCCCGACGAACCAGCCGCCGCCACAUCACCGCCGCCAUUCCCCUCCACCGCGCGGGCCCGGGAGGCCCAGAUCCGCCCCCCCCGGCCCGGUACGCCGGGCCCUCGCCUGUCGCGGGCUCCCGCGCGCCCGAGCCCCUUCGUCGCCGGUGCUCGCCUCCGCCGCCGCACGCCUCCGUGCGCCACUGGAACCCCGUCGGUGCUCGCAUCCCCGCCACCGUGCCAACUCCGGCCGCGCGCUGCCCGCGCCUCUCCUCCGCCGUUCCGCCGUCGCCGGCUCCGCCACCAACCUCGCUGGCGCGCCCUUGCGCCGACUUCGCCCCGCGCCGCCGCCGGCUACCUCCGCCGCCGACGCUGCCCCGGCGCCGCCUCGCGCCCGCUUUCAACGCGCCCGGCGGCCCUCCGCCGCCGCGGCGCCGGAUCCGGCUGGAUCCGGCAGGACCAGCCCGUCCCCGACCCUCUCCGGUGA